CGCGAACAGUUGUGAAUAUUAAUACCUGCAUGCCCUAGGAGUCCACGUCGUCGCCGUCGGUGGUCCAGUUUUCUGUCUGUGUCCCUUGCUACAUCCUCAAAUGCAAGCGCUCUUCCCGGAGUGAAGCAAAGCAAAGUUAGGACCGCGAAUAUCAACACUGCCCUAUCAGUGCAUCACUAUCAGUAUCUCCUUCCUUCUCAUUCCUAGAUUUCGAGCUUCCGGACAUCAGCUCUGAUCACUUGCCGCGGUGCAGCCACACUUGUGACUUAUACUAGUUAUAGACAGAUCAGUAGGUGGAUACCCCCAGUCUGACCCGUAGGAGAAAGACCAUCUGAAUCACGGUGCGCUGAGCAGCAUCGAGUAAACAAAUGGCUGUUCAGCUUAUGCCGUGCUCUUUCCGUUCAUCUGCGCAACAAGUGCAACAGCAGCGAUUGGCAGUGGGGCAUUCUGCAGCUGAAAAACAUUUCGUCAACCGGCAGCAGCCGGGACAGCUAACCGCGUGUGGUGGAAGCACUGUGGUUGCUCUGAUCACUACUAGAAGUCCGGACAGAUCUGCUAUGAUGGCACGAUCGUGCCUACACCACUCUUGUAGCGUCGACGGCGAAGAGCAGAUUCCGCGCUACGAGAAUUUAGACGUGCUCGGUCAGGCUCUGCCAGAAGAUCUCUUGGAGACUCAGUUUUCGGAAAUCCAACCGGCUUAUGUUACACUUCUGCAAGGAGCAUCGCAGGGAGAGAACACAGCAAGUGUGGCGACAGAUGAAGAACGGCCUCCAGCUCCACUGCCGAACGAGAGAAACUUCCUGGACGAUUUGGUGAUACAGAAACUGCAAAGUGUCAAGGAGGCUCCUCCGGUGGACGUCCAGCGGAGGCUUGGUUACGAGGAUACGAAACCUAGGCUGCCACAGGCACCAUCAGCCUCACGAAGCCCUGGCCGUGCGCAGCGCCCAUCGACGGCGCAGAAGCCAAGCCCAAAGGUAUCGAGCCGUGCUUCUCCAAAGCUGCCCAAAGAAGCGCCACGGCCGAAACCAAGAGUUAGUGUGCCAUCGGAGUCGCUGUCAUCCUCCAAGUCCCGCGGUGUAUCGAAUGGUGCCCCAGUGGUGUCUUCCAGCAUCACACCGCCACAGGCAAGCAUCAUGACAAGCGGCAACACAGGGCGGCAGCUACUAAAACUGGAUGGCGUACCAACAGAGUGGUUUCACGGUGUCAUCACCAGAAAAGAGGCUGAUGGUCUACUAAAGGACCAGCCCGUCGGGACAUUCUUGGUUCGAAUUGGAGAGCGACAUCUGGGAUACUCCUUGUCUGUGAGGGGCGGUGCGGGAAUGAAGCACUUCAUGAUCACGCAGCGAGACGAGAACGAGUUCCAGUUGGGAACCAAUCCGAAAAUCCACGCCUCCAUGCACGACCUCAUCAGCCACUUCUAUCAGAACGAUCUAAAUAGCAGUGGAGACAUGCUGACAGAAGGCUUCAAUCACGCCACGGCUAUGUACUGACCAAUUCUUGACAGAACGCAUUGUACUUUAAGUUAGCUGGUGAUUUUUAAUUUUCUUCUGCAGUCCCUUGCUGCUUUCUGACAGGCCUAUAUUGAAUGCAUGCAUGUGCCAGCCAGUGCAGACCCAUUUGCUGUACAACUCACACACGCACACUUACUUCAGUGCACUAAUGCAGUCUUCAACAUCUUUAUCUUAUUCCACGAGUAAAUCUUGUUAGGACUUUAUUUUCACAAAUUUCGAAUUUCACUUUUGACCUAUGCUGCACAUUCACACCUAGGCGUUUUUUCCAUUUGCUCUUAUUGCGUGCAACUGCUUGCACUUGUCCUGCGUAAUUUCUCCUGUACAUACAGCAGGACAUGCGUUGACAGGAUAAGAGGACCAUGGUACCUUGAAAAUGCCCACCUGCACAUAACUAUCGUCUACAUAAUUAUAAUCUUGGUGCCAGUGGUUUUUGUACAUUCUAUAAAGCAUUGCACUUUAAUUUACAAUACUGCUAUGUCUGGCCCUGGCCUUCCUCAAUCUGCCUAUACACUUCUCCCUUAUCACACAAGUAUUCUACCCUUGACACGCCAGCUAUACAUACUCACUGCCGUCUCGAAGAACAGACUAACCAUCUGGACGCCUCCUCUCCGCUGCUAUAUCCAGAUUUCUUUGAUUCAGCUCAAAUUCUAUCAUAAUAUCUACAAGCUAUAAUAAAAAAGUCCAAGUUCUGUCCCUUUGGGAAAACGCGGCCAAUAAUUCAAAA